UGACAGCUUCCGGUUUGGUCUCCCCGCCCCUCCGUGGCUCCGGCUGUCGCGGCUGGGCUGUGGCGGCCGAGGGGUGGCGGGGGGCAGGGCGUGGCCAGGUAAGGUGAGUGCACCAGCAGGGCUCCCCGGAGCCAUGGCCUGUUCCAUCGUCCAGUUCUGCUACUUCCAGGACCUCCAGGCCGCCCGCGACUUCCUCUUCCCUCACCUGCGGGAGGAGACCCCCGUCGGCGCCCUGCGGAGGGACCCCAGUAAAGCAGCGAGCUGGGAAGAUGACGGCUGGGGAGCGUGGGAAGAAGCAGAGCCCCAGGAACCUGAAGAAGAAGGAAACACUUGCAAGACACAGAAAACCUCCUGGCUUCAAGAUUGCGUGUUAUCUUUAUCUCCAACCAAUGACCUAAUGGUUAUAGCUCGGGAGCAAAAAGCUGUAUUUCUAGUGCCAAAAUGGAAAUAUGGUGAUAAAGGAAAGGAGGAAAUGCAGUUUGCUGUUGGUUGGAGUGGCUCUUUAAACGUUGAAGAAGGGGAGUGCGUGACGAGUGCUCUGUGCAUCCCACUAGCAAGCCAGAAGAGGAGUUCCACUGGGCGCCCCGACUGGACCUGCACCGUGCUGGGCUUCACCUCCGGCUCUGUGCGCUUCUACACGGAGAACGGCGUGCUCCUGCUCGCACAGCUGCUGAACGAGGACCCGGUGCUGCAGCUGAAGUGCAGGACCUAUGAAAUCCCCCGGCACCCCGGCGUGACCGAGCAGAAUGAAGAGCUGAGUAUCUUAUAUCCAGCUGCCAUCGUGACCAUCGAUGGGUUUAGCCUUUUUCAGUCUCUUCGUGCUUGUCGAAAUCAAGUAGCAAAAGCUGCAGCGUCAGGCAAUGAGAACAUACAGCCACCACCAUUAGCUUAUAAGAAGUGGGGUCUUCAAGAUAUUGACACUAUUAUUGAUCACGCUAGUAUUGGUAUCAUGACGCUGUCCCCUUUUGAUCAGAUGAAGACGGCCUCCAAUAUAGGUGGAUUUAACGCAGCCAUUAAAAACAGUCCACCUGCCAUGUCUCAGUACAUCACUGUAGGGUCCAACCCGUUUACCGGCUUCUUCUAUGCUUUAGAGGGAAGCUCGCAGCCGCUGCUGUCCCACGUGGCCCUCGCAGUCGCCAGCAAACUCACUUCCGCCUUGUUCAACGCCGCCAGUGGCUGGCUUGGCUGGAAGAGCAAGCACGAGGAAGAGGCCAUCCCGAAGCAGAAGCCGAAGGUCGAACCAGCCACCCCGUUAGCUGUCAGAUUCGGGCUUCCAGACUCGCGACGCCACGGCGAAAGCAUAUGUGUGUCCCCGUGCAACACGCUGGCGGCCGUGACGGACGACUUUGGCAGAGUCGUUUUACUGGACGUAGCCCGAGGAAUCGCAACGCGCAUGUGGAAAGGGUAUCGGGACGCCCAGACUGGCUGGAUCCAGAUUGUAGAGGACCUCCACGAAAGGGUCCCUGAAAAGGUGGAUUCUUCCCCCUUCGGAAAUGCUCAGGGCCCCAGCCGAGUAGCUCAGUUCCUUGUGAUCUACGCCCCGAGGAGGGGCAUUCUGGAGGUGUGGAGCACGCAGCAGGGGCCCCGAGUGGGGGCCUUCAACGUGGGGAAGCACUGUCGGCUUCUGUAUCCUGGCUACAAAAUCAUGGGCUUAAAUAAUGUCACCAGUCAGAGUUGGCAGCCACAGACAUACCAGAUCUGCCUUGUCGACCCCGUGUCCGCGAGUGUGAAAACAGUGACUGUCCCUUUCCACCUGGCACUGAGUGACAAGAAGAGCGAGCGUGCCAAGGACAUGCACUUGGUGAAGAAACUGGCGGACCUGCUGAAGACAAAGUCUGCCAGCCUUGAUUUGGUGGAAAGAGAAAUAAAGGAAGUAAUUCUCGAUAUUAAGUACCCUGCAACCAAAAAGCAGGCUUUGGAAAGCAUUCUGGGAAGUGAACGGUUACCGUUUUCCUGCCUUAGAGACGUCACCCAGACUCUCGUGGACACUUUGAAAAAUCAAGAACUUGAGUCUGUUGACGAGGGAUUGCUCCAGUUUUGUGCCAAUAAACUGAAGUUGCUCCGUCUUUAUGAGUCUGUCCAUGAGUUAAAUUCCCUGGAUUUUCACUCCGACACACCCUUCUCUGAUCACGAUUUGGCUGUCUUAUUAAGGCUUGAUGAAAAGGAACUCCUUAAGCUCCAGGCGUUGUUAGAGAAAUACAAGCAAGAGACCCCCAGGACUGUGGUGCGAUUUUCUGAUGAGAAGGACGGCGUGUGGCCUGUGAAGACAUUCCUGGAGCACUUAGAGUGUGAGAAGGACGUGGUCAGCGUGAAGAAGAUAAGUGAAGAGGAGUACGUGGCCUUAGGCAGUUUCUUCUUUUGGAAGUGUCUGCAAGGCGGAAGCCCCUCGGAGGACGUGUGCCGCACUUUGGAGUCGGCUGGACUGAGCCCCCAGCUGCUCUUGUCUCUGCUCCUGAGCGUCUGGCUUUCCAAGGAAAAGGAUGUUCUGGAGAAGCCGCAGUCUGUCUGCUAUCUUCACGCGAUGCUGUCCCUCCUGAGCAGGAUGAAAGUGGCCGUUGACGACUCGUGGGACUCCCAGUCGGUGUCCCCUUGGUGGCAGCAGAUGCGCACGGCCUGUAUCCAGUCCGAGAACAACGGGGCUGCACUGCUCUCUGCGCACGUGGGGCACUCUGUCGCCGCGCAGAUGUCCAACGGCGGGACCGAGAGGAAGCUUUCCCAGACAGCGGCGGGUGCGGACGCGGAGGCCCUCACGGACUCCUGGGAGGCCCUCUCCCUGGACGCCGAGUACUGGAAGCUCCUGCUCAAGCAGCUGGAGGACUGCCUCGUGCUGCAGACGCUGCUGCACAGCAGGGCGAGCCCGCGCGCCUGCCGGGCGUCGGCGCUGCCCCCCGAGCCGCUGCCCAGGCUCUCGGUCAAGAAGCUCCUUGAAGGAGGCAGAGGUGGCAUUGCAGACAGUGUGGCCAAGUGGGUAUUUAGACAGGAUUUGAGCCCUGAAGUGUUGAAACUGGCUAAUAAAGAAAGAGAUGCAGAAAACCUGGAUGAAGCCAAAGAGGGUACGCACAGGGGCUUGUUGGAGGUGUCAGCUGCGGACGCGGACUUGGGAGCCAUACCAGACCUGCUGCGGGCGGCCUACGAGCAGUUCCCGUGCAGCCUGGAGCCGGACACGCUGCACGCGCACUGCUGCUGGGAGUGCGUGGUCCAGUGGAACAAGGACCCGGAGGAAGCACGUUUUUUUGUGAGGUCCAUAGAGCACUUGCAGCACAUCAGCAAUGCGCACGUUCAGCACGGUGUCGCUCUGAUGAUGUGGAACACGUUCCUGGUCAAGAGGUUCUCUGCGGCCACAUACCUGAUGGAUAAGGUUGGAAAAGCACCAAAGGACAGGCUAUGCCGAAGGGAUGUGGGCAUGAGCGACACGGCACUGACCUCUUUCCUCGGCUCCUGCCUGGAUCUCCUGCAGACGCUGAUGGAGGCAGAUGUGAGCAAGGACGAGAUGCAGGCGCCUGUCCUGGACACCGAGGACGCUUGGCUCGCUGCCGAGGGCCCAGUCUCGAUCGUGGAGCUGGCCCUGGAGCAGAAGCACAUCCACUACCCACUGGUGGAGCAUCACUCCGUCCUCUGCUCCAUCUUGUACGCGGUGAUGAGGUUCGCUCUGAAGGCUGUGAAGCCGCUGUCGCUUUUUGACAGCAAGGGGAAAAAUGCAUUUUUCAAAGACCUAACUUCAAUACAGUUACUGCCUAGUGGAGAAAUGGAUCCAAACUUUAUUUCUAUACGACAGCAGUUCCUGCUGAAAGUUGUCAGUGGGGCUGUCCAGGCUCAGCACUCGGGUGCAAAGGACAAGGGGACCUCAGAGGAGGCGCCAGCCACUCCUUUUGGGAAAGACCAAGACUGGCCAGCUCUGGCUGCGGACUUGGCCCACCACCUUCAGGUCAGCGAGGACAUCGUGAGGAGGCACUACGUGGGGGAACUCUACAACUAUGGAGCCGACCACUUGGGAGAAGAGGCCCUCCUGCAGGUUCAGGACAAAGAGGUCAUGGCCUCCCAGCUGCUGAUGGUGACGGGCCAGAGGCUGGCGCACGCACUGCUCCACGCCCAGACACGGGAGGGCAUGGAGCUGCUGGCCAGGCUGCCGCCCACACUCUGCACGUGGCUGAAGGCGAUGGACCCCCAGGAUCUUCAAAACACAGAAGUGCCCAUUGCAACAACAGCCAGACUAGUGCACAGAGUCAUCGAGCUUCUGCCCGAAAACCACGGGCAGUACAGUUUGGCCUUACACCUCUUCGAGGCUGUGGAAGCCAUGCCCUCCCCCCCCUCGGGGCCUCGUGUAUGACCCGGCCCCCCCGUGCACCUGGCACAGCGCUCAGUGCAUGGUUAUUCUACACGGCGCCAGCCGGGCUUCGUGGAGGGGGGUGUCUCUUUUUUCCUUUUGUAAAAUGAAUUUAAAGAAAUAUAUAUAUAUAUAACUUUUAAAAAGUACAGUCCUGGUUAAAUUCCACUCCUUUGGGAAAAUAUAAACAGAUAUCAGUUAUACUAUUAACUACUCAUACAGAUGUUUUACUGUUCAUUUCUAAUUCAGACACUUAAGUAGCUUUAUUGUUGAAUUUUGCUAUUUAAAAUUGGUUAUGGUUUACGGAUUAUGUUCUUAUUAUGAGUCUACGUUUCCUACUCAGAUGUUAUUGUUCUAAGGGAAUUGCAGUGCGGUCCUGUAAACCCAGUCCCAGCAGUGCAGUUAGACAAGCAUCCCACUGCCCCGUCCCAAGUGGUAGGAAGAGGCUUCCCUGCCGCUGCCUCCCCUGCCGGCCACCCCCCGGAGCCUGGAAGCUGGCGGGUUCCUUCCCCAGAGGGUAUUUGGCUGCCGUCAGAGGACAGUGACCUUGUGAAGGAAUGUGUUCAAGAUCAUCAGUCAUCAGAAGGGACAUGUAAUAGAACCCUCGAUCUAGUACCAAAAUACCUGUCUGUACUUGCCAAAAUUGUGAGUCUGAGAUGCGGGCAACGCUCCAAAAUCAGUUAUAACACAAGGUAAGAUUUGUUUUUUUGCCAAGGUUCCAAGCUGUAUCCACAUCAGGUAAUUAAUUGUAAAAAUGUAUUAUCUUGUAAAACUUACAUUUUAAAAAAGGGAGCAAAGAUGCUAAAAAUUUAAGUCUGACUUUAUUUUUCCUACAAGUGUUUUGAAACGUCUGCUCCUGAGACUUGAUAAUGUUGCGUCUCUGCUCUCAGGAGCAGCACAGAAGACGCUAGUGACGCUACAGCUGGAGCAGACCUACCUCACAGCCGGGGGGAGCGGGCAGACUGCAGCUGCUUUACACCCCACAGUGCCUGGAGCCGUGGCAGGGGCGAUCUGAUGGAAGCCGACCUGACCAAAAGUGGACCAAGUGCUGUGAGCUGCACAGAUGCCGAGUGUGCACUGCGGUCCAUCUCGGGCAUGCAGCCGUACAGUGCAGUCACUGACGCCCGUCUGGGGUCGCGGUGUUUGUCGUUGGGACGCGGAGGGCGGGUUCUGCACCCCUCGUGGGAAGCCGACUCCAGCAGUUGUACCAAGUUGAGUAGACAGAAAGGGAGAGACGAGGAGAUCCCAAUGUAAAGUCUUUUUAGCUAAAAGGUCACAUCCAAAUAAGGACUUCCCUGUCGAAAACUGAGUUACUGUUUAAUUUAGCACAAAGUAAACACACAGGACGCCCUGGGUCUUUGGGGUGCAGGCCCAUGCGUCUGAUGGAGGUGCACACGACAGGGCCAGCCGCUGGGCCCCCGCCUCGAGCCUGGUGCCCCCCCACCAGAGACGCGCGUGUGGUUUCCUGUGAACGGAUCUGGUGUCAGAUAGUCACUCGUCAUAGACAUGCUAAAAGGCUGCUUCUGUCUGUGAUUUUUUUUUACAUAUUCUGAAAGUAAUUAUAAAUUUUGAAAGGUGGUUCAAAAAUGUGGAAGUAUAGGCAUUUUUUUUCAUGUUAGUAUAGGCAUCUUUAAAGAUUAAAUCCUACUUUGAUUCCAUGUCAUUUUGCGAGGGGUACCUAAUCCACGUUUAAGGUAACAAAACUGGUUUCACACACAAUCAGAUCUGAGGGUUGUGGGCAGUAAGUGGAAAUAGGGCAGAGAAUUGCGACUAGUCACCGAGUCUCCAUUGAGUAGAUGGGUAAUCCUAAAAUUUACCACUCAUAGAAUUUUAAGUUGGAAUUGUGAGUCGUAGGGUUAAGAAACAGCUAAGUAAUCUACUAUUCCAUCAAGGGCUUUAAAAAUAAACCUAGAAAUCCAAGAGAAGAAAGGCAAAUAAGCAGCUCUGUGCAGGCAGACCGAGCCUCACUGCACGCCAGACGCUGAGUUUUUACACACCGAAGGCAAGACCAUCGGCGGAACAGUGGUGGCCCAGCCCAGUGCGCCACUCGCCUUCCCGGGCGCCUUCCUGGGCGGUCUGGAGCUGUCUCCAUCCCCAGGGGCUGCCUGCCUGCACCCUGUCACAAGGAAGGGCCCACGUGUGGGAGUCAGGUUUGAUGUCCAGUGCCUCGUUCUUAAAGAGCCCGUUACACUGAGCUGCAGUUGCCGCUGGGCGGCCAGGAACCAGGGGCGAUCCCCCAGAUCCACACCCCCACACCCGUUGCUCAUGAGCAGCGAAGAGGCCUGGGGCACCCCUCGCACCCCACUGGCUAAUGCGGAACGAAGGCAAGUGUUCCGUAAUCGUAAUGACACUGCAGGUGGGGUUUAGACGUGGGCCCCGAGAGUCAGCAUCGGUGUGGACACAGGAGCAGUGUCAGGCUUCCAGACCCUUCCCACCUUCACAAAAGGAGAAAUAAACAGAGAAAAGACUUAUUUCCCCUCAGUUAUAAAAAUUCAUCUUAGGUCACGGUAAACAUUGUUACAUUUAAAUUGCAUUCUUUAAGAAAAUAUGAUUAAUUGCAAUUUAAAAUCACAGAAAUCUCAGAUUUACUAACACUACACUUACAUGGAUUGUAACAGUUAGAAGUUGCUGUGAUUCAUUUAAUUUUUAAGAGACAAACACUUUUAAAUACUGAUAGCAACAGGGAAAGCCCUCUCUCACCCAGCAGGGAUGGAUUCAUUGGGCUUACAAAAGUUUGAUUUCUGCCGAGAAGUAGCUCUCCCUAGAAAGAUUUUAACCCAAUACCAAGUUGUUUAUAAAACCCUCUAUUAUCUAAUGUAAUGUACUGUAAGUAGUGAAAUUCUGUAUAUACUGCUGUUUUCUGUGUCUGUUCAUUGUUGUGAAUUUAUGUAUAUUAGUGAAAUAAAUUUUCAGCUUUCA